GGCCAAAGUUCCAUAGGUUAAUGCUCAGUCAUCAACAGUUGCACAUUUAACUGUCUCCCCUUAAAACUCAUUUAAGAAAUUUGAUGGAACCUCUGAUGGAUACGGGCGAAAUUUCCUCCCCCAAUCACCUUUGAUUGUUACCUAAUCCAGCUAACUUUCUGGCAUAUCCUGCUGACAUCUAACCUACCUUGUUCUUGUUACUUGAGGACCAGCAACGUCAUGGGUCCGAUUGUGCAAUGCCGCGCAAUUUCGAUGCAGCUCUCGUUACGCGGUUGUCCGCGGCGGAUUUCUGUUCUUCGACCGGUGUAACCCAAGGCUAUGGGACAUUGACCUAAGCAACAAAUCGAUCUUUGAUCUUUACUCAUCUUCACAACCUCAAUUUUAAUAGAUUACAACUCCGUCAAAAUGAAUUCACUGGUGAAUUUAAUGAGUUUUCAGAACCAGCUUCUUCUGCACUGGAAACCCUUGAUUUGGGAAGCAAUAAGUUGGCCGGACCAUUCCCAAUGUCCAUAUUUCAUCUCCGAAGUCUGAAAACCCUUGAGCUAUCUUCCAACAAUUUCAGUGGUCCAAUAAAUCUGAGCUCGUUUCAGCUGCUAAAGAAUCUUUCAACACUUGAUCUCUCAUUCAACAGUUUGUCAAUCAAUGAAGCUGAUACUGACCCUGUUUCUUUUCCCCAGAUUCGCACAUUAAAAUUGAUUUCUUGCAACCUGACAAGAUUCCCAAAUUUCUUGAAGGAGCAAUCCAAAUUAAAUGUUUUAGAUCUUUCAGAGAACCAGAUUGAUGGGGAAAUACCCAACUGGGUUUGGAAUAUUACAUCUCUUGCUUACUUAAAUCUUUCCCACAAUUUUCUAGUGAAUUUGCAAGAACCACCGACGAUUCUCACAUCUAAUCUCUCUGCCUUAGACCUUAGUGGCAACAAACUGCAAGGGCAAAUACCAAACCCCCCUCCAGUUGCCACAUAUUUGGAUUACUCAAGCAACAGUUUUAGCUAUGUCAUACCAGCCAACAUUGGUGAUUUCCUCAGUGUCCUUGAUUUGUCAAAUAAUUUCCUGCAUGGCACUAUUCCCCAAUGCUUGAUUGGGAUGGAGUAUCUUCGAGUGCUGAACCUUAGAGGAAAUAACCUCAGUGGCAACAUCUCUGAUACAUUUUCAACUAAUUGUGGGAUACGAACACUAGACCUCAGUCGAAAUCAUCUGGAAGGCAAGAUUCCAGGUUCACUGGCCAACUGCACAAGGCUGGAGGUUUUAGACCUUGGAAACAAUUUCAUCAAUGAUGUUUUCCCUUGCCAUUUGAAGAACAAAUCCAGUUUGAGAGUCCUAGUUUUGAGGUCCAACCACUUUCAAGGUCCAAUUAGUUGUCCAAAUGACAAUUCCUCCUGGCCAAUGCUUCAAAUUGUCGAUCUUGCUUCCAACAAUUUUAGUGGAAAACUGCCAGAACAACACUUAAGAACCUGGAAGCCAAUGAUGAAUGAUGAAGAUGAGCUCCAGCACCUUCGUUUUGAGUUCCUGCCACUUAAUUCACUUUAUUAUCAGGAUUCAAUAACAGUUACCAUAAAAGGUCUUGAGCUGCAACUGACUAAAAUCCUCACCCUUUUCACCUCCAUUGACGUCUAAUGCAACAACCUUGAAGGGCCAAUACCAGAAGCUAUGGGAGAAUUGAGAGCACUCAUUGUCCUUAACCUGUCACAUAAUGAUCUUACGGGACCAAUCCCAUCAUCUAUGGGAAACUUGCGGCAGCUCGAAUCCUUGGACCUCUCAAACAACACCCUGAAUGGUGUGAUUCCUCAGAAGCUGUCGGAUCUAAAUUUCCUGUCAGUCCUUAAUCUCUCAAACAAUCAUCUAGUGGGGCAAAUUCCAUUAUCAACUCAGUUUCAAUCAUUCUCAAGCGAUUCAUUUCGAGGCAAUGAUGAACUCUGCGGCCUUCCUUUGACAAAAAAAUGUGCAAAUUCAACAUCUGUAAGCAACAAUGCCAACAAUUCAAAUAAUGGAACCCAGAUUGACCGGAAUCUCAUAAGUGUUGAAGUGGGAUUUGUUUUUGGCUUAGCAAUUGUCUAUGUACCACUUGUCUUUUGGAAGAGAUGGAGGAUAUGGUACUACAAACGUGUUGACAGUGUUCUUUUCAGACUUCUUCCUCAUCUAAAUCGAAGAAGCCAAAAUCACAGACGAAUAGCUCACAGGACACACAGGAGGAGGAAAUAGCAGAGCAGCAGUGAAGAAAGAAGCAUUGCAUCCUGCCACAGUUGGUCUGGAAAUAAGAGAUGCCUGUACCC